AUGGAUCCUUCACCUGAUCAACCGGCCUCGUCGACAACAUCUGGUCAGAAACGUAAGACCGAAAACGCUGCCGACAACAUCGCCAAAAAAACAAAGACUGACCUGGUGGAAGAAGUUAUCGAGCUGAAACGUUCACUGGAAGCUGUGAUCGCCGACAACUGUCAACUCCGUCAAGAAUUCGAGUCGCUCAAGACUCUUACGAUCGCCAUCCAACAACAAAAUGAGCUCCUUCAACUCCAAUUCAAUCAAAUCAAAGACAUCAAAUCUUCUCAAAUCCAAAUCGUCGCCGAACUGAAAAAAAUGUCAGCGCAAAUCAAUAAUCGCGAGGACUCCUCUACGUCUCUGCCCCUCUCAGCUCCGCGCUCACGCUUCGCCCUCUGCCUCUCUGGCCCUCUCCGCUGAAACGUUAUCUCUCGCCGAACGUGUAAAAAUCGCCAAAGAAGCCGCUCAAUUCGACGAAAAAAGCCGCCGUGCCGUCAUAGAAAGACUCCCAGAUGCAAAAAAUGAAAAUCAAAAUGCUCUCGACCUUGACUUCAUCAAAGACAUCUGUAAAGUGAUACACAUCGAUGAUCCCGUCGAAGUCUAUCGCCAUGAAUGUUCCGCCAAAAAUCCGACCGCUCAAAGUCGCUUUUUUUCUUCUACUCGUAUCCGCGACUCCUUCAUCCAACAAUUCGCCAAAGGAUUGGAAGAAGUUCGACUUUCAGCUCCUCUGAAGCCUAGAUGUAGACGCGACAUGACACUGUCCGAGCUCAGACUUCUACGUUCAUUGCGCAAACAAGUAUACGACGCCAACAUUGCUGCUGGCCGCGUGGUCUGCUAUUUGAACGAUCUCUCCGUCAUCAAAGUUCGAAAUGGUCGUUCGUUCGUGGUCUCCUCCUCAGCUGAACCUGGUGCGCCGUCCCCGACUCCUGUUACGGCUUCAGCUCAAGCUGCCGACGACGCUGUACCAAUGUCUCCUUGA